CAGAACAGAACAGAUUUACACAUCUGGCGCCACUGGUAAUCUAAAAAUUUAAACUUGUUUACUAGGAACACCGAAAUGGAAGAUCCCAAUGCAACGGAAACCCUCCAGGCAACGGCAUCGAACUUCAAUGCAGAAGCUGAAAAUGUCAGCUGGUGCCAGAUCGAGAGCGAUCCCGGUGUCUUCACACAGCUGAUACGAGACUUUGGCUGCGUGGGAGCGCAGAUGGAGGAGAUCUGGAGCCUGGACCCAGACACAUUCAAGAACUUGGAGCCGAUACACGGCCUCAUCUUUCUCCUCAAGUGGGUGGCGGACGAACAGCCCGCUGGCCGUGUGGUCAGCGACUUUGGCAACAUCUACUUCGCCCAGCAGGUGGUCAGGAAUUCCUGCGCCACCCAGGCCAUCAUCAGUCUGCUGCUCAACCUUAGUCACCCGGACAUCGAACUGGGAGAGACACUAACGCGCUUUAAGCAUUUCACCCGCGAGUUGGAUCCGCUCAGUCGCGGCUACUACCUGAGUAACGAAGGGAAGAUCCGCACAGCCCAUAACUCGUUCGCCCGUCCCCGUAUAAGUCUCCAGCCACGUUCCACUUUCGUUGUGGACGAACCCCAGGAGGACGAGAGCGAUGCAGACGUCUACCACUUUGUCGGCUACAUGCCCAUAGGCGAGAAGCUUUACGAGCUGGAUGGCUUGCGGAUGGGACCCACGGAGUUGGCCGAGAUCGGACCGGGCCAGAACUGGCUGGACAUCGUCCGGCCGAUAAUCGAGGAGCGCAUGCAGCGCUACAGCGCCAAUGAUCUCCACUUCAAUCUGAUGGCACUGGUCUCGGACCGGCAGCGCUUCUACGAGAGCCAAGUCGAGCAGUUCCAACGGCGCUCGCUAGAGAUGCCAAAAUCCCAGCGAGAGUCGGAGAUGAACGAUCUGCAGGACAGACUGCGAAUCGAGAAGGAGAAGAACCGUCAAUACCGCAUUGAGAACACACGCCGUCGUCACAACUACUUGCCCUUCAUCGUGGAGCUGCUCAAGCAGAUGGGGAAGAACGGCCAGCUACUGCCAAUCUUGCAGCAGGCCCAGCUAAAGAGAAACGAGUGCGACCCGAAUAGCUGUAAUAACGGGAAUGCCGAGAAAAACUAAAAUUAUGAGCCAUAUAUGCCUAUAUCAUUUGAUGGACAUGUACCAAAUGGAGCGAAAGAUAUUGAUGAUUCUCAUUGAACGAAUUGCAUAUCCGGGUCCUAAGAUUACUGUCUUUUACUGCCUUUUGUUGAUAAUUAACAGAUAUAAAUAAUUUCGUUUAAGCUCCGUCAAAACUCUGUCAAACUGGUCAAGGCUUUUCACUACAAUUCCCGUUUAAACAAGGCCCACGGCCAGGCCCUGCCCCCACUCAAGCACAAACAUUCACAUGAGUCCAUGCCCUCCAUGGGGCCUCCAAACUGGAGGCAGGGCUCCAAAUCUCCAAGUGCAAACAAAGUGGCGACGACGACGGGUUUCCCUGUGCAUGUGUCAUUGUUGACUUUGGUUAACCCAUCUAGCGAUGGGUUCGUGACGGGAUAUGAGGAUAUUCAUUCACGCAAGUCAGCGGUCACAGAGAUAUACGAAGUUGAAGUUUGUCGAUUACGUGAGCAUCAUUCAGCUCUAACUCGGUAAAUUAUAAUCUCUGCAGUGGGAACAUAUCCUAAAGUAAAAUAUUCGAAAUUCCAAUUCCAAAAACAAAUAACCAAGAAUCAAAACAGUAAUUCAAGUAUCCAAUAAAAAAUUGAU